AAUCGCCUCCCAUCUUGUGGGAUGCGGCAGAUCCCAGAGAAUUUGUAAGGGUUAGAUCGUCCCAAGUGCUUUAUAAGGCUCCCAGCUCGGCAAGAAUCCAUAGGACUCCACUUGAAUCCCAUCAGUCUUCGAUUCUCAGCUGCAGCGAGCGGCAACAGCAGCAGCUGUCGACGAAGAAGCAAAUGAGCCCAACUAGAGUCCCUGUCUGUGUUGGAAAGACGGGCCGACCAGAGUCCAGAUCUCCUUCCUCAUGAUUAGAUUAGAUUGGACUGUCCACACUCGAUACAGCAGGUAGAAUAUCGAGCGUGAAUCGUCGAGUCGAGUCGCAUCGCGUCGGAGCUCAGGACCUGACGGAUCUAACAGAAAACUCAAAACGCGGGAUGGCGGAUUUGGAGCAGCCGUUGUUGCACCCGAAGCCCGUGAAGGUUUACCCAAAAUGUCCCGGUUGCAAAGUUGCGCACCUCGUCGUCGACGGUGCACCACCGGCUUACAAAGAGUUGAGCUUCGUGGCCAUCAUGAUGCUGUCGAAUGCACUGCCAAUUUCGUUUCUCUAUCCCUUCCUCUACUUUAUGGUCAAGGAUAUGCACAUCGCGAAACGUGACGAGGACAUAGGAUUUUAUGCAGGAUACAUCGGAUCGGCGUUUAUGAUCGGAAGAUUUCUUACAUCCAUGCAUUGGGGUAUCGUGGCUGACAAAUAUGGACGGAAGCCAGUGAUGAUUUGCGGCGUUCUUUCAGUUAUUGUUUUCAACAUCAUCUACGGGUUCAGCGAGAGCUUCUGGGCAGCGUUUUUGUCCCGACUUUUACUCGGAGGCUUUAACGGGAUCCUGGGACCUGUGAAGGCUUAUGCAUCGGAGAUCUGCAGCGACGAACAUCAGCCCUUGGGAGUUUCAGUCGUCGGCACGACUCUGGGACUCGGAAUGAUCGUCGGCCCUGCUCUUGGUGGUUAUCUUUCACAGCCCGCACUGAAGUAUCCAGCUUUAUUUCCUCCUGGUUCUCUCUUUGAUCGAUAUCCUUACUUGAUGCCCUGCCUUUUCGUGUCGGGACUGGCUGCGGUGGGGCUCGUAAUUACUGUGUUGUAUCUGCCGGAAACCCUCCAUAUUCACAACGACGAGGAUGCUAUUAUAGACGGACAGGCUUACAACGAGAAGGCUAAGUUGCUAGAAGCGGAAGAAGAAACAGAAGAAGAAGUGGAGAAGAAAAGAGUUGAAAAGGCGGAAGACUCGAUAUGGGCAGUGUUCAAGAAUCGGCAUUUGGUGUCGGCUGUUCUCGUUUACUGCACCUGGUCCAUGCACAACAUGGCCUACACUGAGAUCUUCUCGCUAUGGGCCGUCAGUCCAUUGAAGAAUGGAGGUUUGGGUUUCAGCACCACAGACGUCGGCAAUGUGCUUGCGAUUUCAGGUGCGGGAUGUUUGCUCUUCCAGCUCUUGGCCUUCCCACCCAUCGCCAAGAUUCUUGGUCCGAUCGCCACCACCCGAUACUCAGCCUUCCUCGCGUUGCCGUUGCUGUGCAUCUUCCCCUUCCUCGCCGAUCUCCAUGGCACCCUAUUGUGGUCUCUGCUGAUCUUCGCCGCCGUCUCCAAGAGUGCUUUGGCGGUUGCCACACUUAGUGGAUCAUUCCUGCUCAUCAACAACUCUGUGUUUCCAAAACAAAGAGGAAGGGCGAACGGACUGUCCGUUAGUGCUGUGUCUUUCUUCAAAGCUGUAGGACCCGGAGCUGGAGGAGCAAUUUUUGCUUGGGCGCAAAGCCGGGUGUCGAAUAUCCUUCCAGGAAAUCAAAUGGUGUUCUUCAUACUGGGCACAGUAGUUGUUGCAGAUAUUAUUUUGACAUACGAACCGUUUCUGCCAAAAUCCGUCGACAAGCCCAAGCACGACGAUUCGGAAUUUGUGGCGACGGCGGCAGUUGCGUCCAGUCAGAAGUAAAUUUUGUUAGUGUCAAACAAUAAUUCAAAGUAUAUCAAGCCAUAGCUAGUCUUUCAUAACCUUGGCAUUCGUAGAAACCGGAAGUGCUUUCUGCGGCCUCAUAUCGAAGGACCUCGUGAUAAUAGGGGUCUUACUUUACAGUCAUCGUCUUCAAUCAUUGCGAGAUGAUGAAAAAAAGCUCCAUGGUUUCGUUAGCGGGACCAAUUUACAGCAGUAUUCUCGACAGCUCGAAGCUGUCGAUCAUGAGAUUUCGACGGCUCUUUGAAAAUGUUCCUUCUCAUUUACUUUUAUUGUACGACUUGAAAUCUGAAGAAGAACGAAAACUUCAUUCACUUAGCCA